GCCUUAGUCUCAGCAUCAGGUAAUUUCCUCCCAGGUCUCUGUGGGUUUAUGUAUAAAAGUUCUCUGGAGCUGGUCACCAACAGAGUCCCAAGCCUACUGCCCAGACCCUCAGCUGAGCCUGCUGCUAGGAGCCCCAUGAAGCUGAUUGCCCUGCAGCUGCUGCUCUGGCACAGCACGCUCUGGAUCCUGCAAACAACUGCCCCCCUGGCUCUUGCCCUGGACCUGCCCCAGAACUUCCUGCUCAAGUGCUUAGAGCAAGUGCGGAAGAUCCAGGCCGACAGCACUGCGCUGCAGGAGAAGCUGGUGAGAGGGACCAAGGGGAGUAGAAACAUGCAGUGUGCCACCCACAGACUCUGCCACCCUGAGGAGCUGGUACUACUCGGGCACUCUCUGGGUAUCCCCCAGGCCCGCCUGAGUCGCUGUUCCAGCCAGACUCUGCAGCUGAUGGGCUGCCUGGACCAACUGCACAGGGGUCUCUUUCUCUACCAGGGCCUUCUGCAGGCCCUGGCAGGGGUCUCCCCUGAGCUAGCCCCCACAGUGGACCUGCUGCACCUGGACAUUGCUGACUUUGCCACCAACAUCUGGCAGCAGAUGGAAGACCUAGGGGUGGACCCUGCCGUGAAGCCCACCCAGGGCACCAUGCCAACCUUCACCUCAGCCUUCCAGCGCAGGGCAGGAGGUGUCCUGGUGGCCUCCAACCUUCAGAGCUUCCUGGAGGGGGCAUACCGGGCUCUGCACUACCUUGCUGAGGCCUGAGCAAAGCCCUCCUACCCAGUAUAUUUAUCUCUAUUUAAUAUUUAUGCUUAUUUAAAUUUCAUAUUUAAAGAGGGAAGAGCAGAAAGGAGCACUGACUCCUGAGUCCUUCCGCCCCCCACCUCCCCAACCUUUAAGUGUCAUUGUCCUGCCUGUGGCAAGGAGAAAGCCCCUGUCCUCCUGUCCCCUGGACUGGGAGGUAGAUGGUAAAUACCAAGUAUUCAUUGCUGUGGCUGCUCCCCGGCCCAUCUCUGAAGUGGGCUCUGGGAAGAGCUGCAGAGAACUCCGCCCCCAAGGGCACCCACCUUGGAGCCCUUGGAAGCGUCAAGAGGUCUCCCACGUGGGAGAUAAGACAUCCCUGUUUAAUAUUUAAACAGCAGUGUUCCCCAUCUGGGUCCUGUAUCCCUCACUCUGGGCUCCACAUGGCUUGUGUCCGCUGGCUCAGCCAGGCCUUGCUUCCCCAUAUACCCCCUGCCCUACGUGGGAGCAUUAUGGCCAGCAGAGGAGCAGAGUGGGCAAGCUUAACCCUGGAGUCCCAGGACUUUGCUGGGAAAUCUGAUUUUUCUUAAGAUUUUUUUUGGAUGGCUGAGGAAAUAACCAACUAGUAGAGCAUCAGACUCACAUGCCUGAAUCUCUCAGUUUGAUUCCAGCACCACAUUGUACCAGAGUGCUGUUCCGACUCGCCUUUCUCUUUUUCUGGCUCAUAUAAAAUUCCCCCUCCCUCUCUCUCUCUCAUGUGUGUGUGUAACAAAUAAAAUAAGUCUUUUUUAAAAAUGAGAUAAAGUACAAAGUUUUUUUUUUUUUUUUCUUUGGGGAUCAUGUGGGGAGACAGUAAAGAAAUAGUGUCAG